GCUUGCAGGAGAAACUAGGCAAGCGAACUGGAUAUGAUGAUGAGAAAGUUUGGGAGGAGAGUGGGCGGUUAUCCUGACACGUGAAUGCUCCCAUAGGAGCAUAAUCCAUCCAUGCAUCCAUGUCCUCCAACUAUAGUGUGUUCUGGUCCUGGAGCCAGAGGAAAAGUGGAAGGGAGAGGAAUCAAGGGGCAGACUGAUUUUCUCGGGGGCAGUAACUGGCCAGAGGAGCUUUAAGGGACUUCAAAGGCAGGAUAGGAAAAACUUGCCUGGACAUCGGAAUGUUUUUCUCCUAAUGUUGAUUUGCCGUUUACCUCUUUCACAUAAAAACCCUGUUUAGUAAGUUUGAAACACUUUAAAGCGCAAUGGCUGAGCCACUGAGUUUCAUGCAUCAUGAUCAUGGUUCCAGCAGCGAGCGGAGUAACGACUCACCGUCUGCCGUGUCUGAGGAUGACUCUAGCGGCCACUGCGGCCACAUCUCCCCGCCUGACCCAGACUGGACCGAGGAGAGGUUUCGAGUUGACCGCAAGAAACUAGAAACUAUGUUACUGGCAGCCAGUGAGGGGAGAAUAAAUGGAGGAGAGGAUUUUUUUCAGAAGAUCAUGGAUGAAACAAACACUCAGAUUGCUUGGCCGUCCAAACUGAAGAUUGGAGCAAAGUCCAAAAAAGAUCCACAUAUUAAGGUCAGCGGAAAGAGGGAAGAUGUGCGAGAGGCCAAAGAGAAAAUAAUGUCCGUUCUUGACACAAAGAGUAAUCGUGUGACCCUGAAGAUGGACGUAUCGCACACAGAACACUCACAUGUUAUUGGGAAAGGAGGGAAUAACAUCAAACGAGUUAUGGAAGAGACAGGCUGUCACAUACACUUCCCUGACUCCAACAGGCACAGCCAGGGGGAAAAGAGCAACCAGGUGUCGAUAGCGGGGCAGCUGACUGGUGUAGAGGCAGCACGAGUUAAAAUACGGGAGCUGUUGCCGUUGAUGCUGAUGUUUGAAUGCAGUGGGGUGGUGCAGCAUGUGGACUGUAGCUCUUCUGUAGUUCAGCAUAUCUCCCACACUUGCAAUGUCUCCAUCUCCUUCAAACCACCCUCCCGUCUCUAUGGCAACACCGCCAUCGUCCGUGGCAACCAGAACAAUGCCAGUGGCGUUAAGCGUGGUACGGCUUUGUUAUUGGAGCACCUCGCUGGGUCUUUGGCCAGCUCAGUGCUGGUCAGCACACAACUGGACAUCGCACCCCAGCACCACCACUUCCUUUUGGGCCGCAACGGAGCCAAUGUCAAGCACAUUAACCAGUGCACUGGAGCCCAUAUACACUUCCCCGAGCUCAACACGCACACCAGCCGCUCUGCUGUCUACAUACAGGGCAGCAUUGAUGCCGUAUGUGCAGCUAGACAGCAGCUUAUGGGGUGUCUUCCAUUGGUGCUGCUGUUUGACAUUAAGGAGGAGACAGAGGUGGCAUCUCAGGUCGUCACUACACUUAUGGAGCAGCUAGACGUCUUCAUCAGUAUUAAACCCAAACCGAAACAACCCAGCAAGUCUGUGAUAGUGAAGAGUGUGGAAAGGAAUGCUGGGAGUAUGUAUGAGGUACGCAGGAUCCUGUUGGGGCUGGAGUCCAGCAGUGUGCCCUCUUCUAUCAACCAUGUCUCUGCUAAUGGACAUGCUCCUGCCUCCCCUCCCCUGAUUGGCUCCAUUGGACUGGACACCCUAGCUUCAGCUGAACUGAGGCUAAGAACUCUGGCUGGUAUUCUAAGGUCUGUCAGCCCCAUUCCUAAUGGUUCCCCAAACUGUGUUCUUAAUGGACACGGCUUGAGCAUUCAGAAAGGAGCAGUGAAGAACGCGCAACACAUUCAUACACCUGCUCACACACACUCCCACACAUCUGCUCACACUGCUUCACUCUGGGCCAGUGCGCUUAGUUCAACAGCUAACACAUCAGGGUUUUCCACAGAGCUGAUGUUGCAGUCAGUGUCUCAGACGACUCUCAGUGGUCUUCUGCUCUCAGGGGUCCAGAGUCAAGCACACGCUCACACACCAUCCCCACCACCUGGACUUCCACCAAUACACAAACCAGCCAAUGCAGAAACUCUCAACGGACAUCUCGCAAAUUCUGUGUACAGCCGAAUCUCCUCUGUGUCACUAAACCCCACCCACAGUGACACAGCCCAGGAAGUCAUUGGACACUCCCAAUCUGAAUCCAUUUCUAAUAAAUCUACAGAUGAAGGCUCAGAUACAUUUGUUGAAGUGGGCAUGCCCAGAAGCCCAUCUCACUCAGCCAAUGGGAGUGAGCUGAAGCAGAUGCUGGCCUCUUGCACAGUGUCGUCAGGGAAACUUCUACAGAGAACCAAGAACUCACUUCUUCAUGUUGAGUGUGUGUUGGCCGAUUCUGAUUGUGAGAAUUCAAUGGCUGAUAAAAGAGCACCAGGAAGUGAGAGAGCUGCAGAAAGACGACUUGGACCGCAUAUGCAGGUUUAUAUACACAUACACACACUGCACUCGUAUACAAGUGUACACAAUCUAAACAUAUUUACACGGAAUUUGUGUUUGAAUGAUUUUCAGGCUUUUGACUAUGAGAAAAAGAAGCUACUGGCCACCAAAGCCAUGCUGAAGAAGCCGGUUGUGACAGAGAUUCGGACUCCCACAGAUACCUGGAGCGGAUUGGGCUUCUCUAAAUCAAUGCCAGCGGAGAGCAUGAAAGAGCUGCGCAGGGCACACCAUGUGCCGUAUAAACCCAGCAUGAGCACAACUUAUGAGGACUCUCAUCUCUCUGUGUCACACUCUGGUAGCCAGGAAGGUUUGGGUAAUGACACAAAAUCCGAUAAUUGGGGGGAUUUGAAUGGGAAUGUUAACAUCAAUGGGAACGGACUGUCAGGAAAUUCAGAAUUUUCCCCUGCUGUCAGCAGCCCAAAGAGAAUCAAGAACAAAUCUUUAGGUGAGCAGUAUCUCAGCAGCAGUAAUUAUAUGGACAGUAUCUCUAUGUCUGGCAGUAAUGGCUGCUCUCUCAGCUCCUCUCUAAAAGGAACAGAUCUACCGGAGCUCUUCAGCAAACUCGGUCUCGGCAAAUAUACAGACAUCUUCCAGCAGCAGGAGAUUGAUCUGCAAACAUUUGUUACACUAACGGAUCCAGAUCUGAAGGAACUGGGAAUCACAACUUUUGGUGCUCGCAGGAAAAUGUUACUGGCGAUCUCAGAGCUGAAUAAGAGCAGGAGGAAGCUUUUUGACUCGCCCAACAUUCGCUCUUCCUUCCUAGAAGGCGGGGCCAGUGGUCGUCUGUCACGCCAAUUCCACUCAGACAUGGCGAGUGUCAGUGGUCGCUGGUGAUCUCUUACCUGUAGGAUUCUGGACCACAAACCACUUCAUACUGGACUCUGAUUGAUAUAGAAAGCCAAAAAGUGAUGCAGAUUCUUUUCGAUCUAAAAAAUGUGGUGGGAUGUUAUUAAGGUUGCUUUUUGUCUGUGCCUAAAAAUAAAUUAAGGGAAUAUAUUCAAUAUCGUUUAGAGAAUGUGCCAUUAAUAUGAUCUUGCAUUUACUCUGGGAGAACAGGCAAAGCACAGAGUUUAAAACUAACCAUACUGUCAGCAAGAGCGCUUCGGUAUUGGUGUCUAGCACUUUAAUCUUGUAAACUCUGCUGUUUUUGCCAGUAGGUUGUAUGCAACGUCUUUUGUAAUGUCGGACUGUCCAGUGUUAAAGCCAAACGAGUGCACUUAUUUUGCAGGUAAUUCCAGAUCACACACAAAGAUCAUCUGCUCGGUAAUCACAACCAGCUGAUGCUUAUGUUGUUUACCAGACUGUUAUAUUCAUGUUCAGUGUUUAAUUACUCAUUGGUCAUUGUGGUAUUGUUGUAUUUUAAUACAUUUUAUUUUAUAGUUUAUGUUUUCAUAUUUUAUGUUAAUCUUUUUAAAAGGCAUUAUCAGUUUACUUUUUUUAUUUUUACAUUGUUUAUUGUUUAGUCUGUUGUCUGAUUCAUCAGAACGCCGCACAGUCAUCUCAAACAGAUGUCAGUCAUUCUUUUGGUGUAAAUGAAGUCUUUGGUUUUCUGAAGAAGAGCAGGAUGUUAUAAAAUUCCCGUGAUUUGUUUAGGAAAAUCUGUUUAAUCAUUAUUUACAUAUACUUGUAGCACAAACAUCAAAUUUAAGCUGCAUUAGUACUUUUCAAGUCUAAGCCUUUUGAUGUUUGCAUAAUAUAUAAUGGAAUUAAUUUCCUUUGUAUGUGCAAACAUGUUAUGUAUCUGGCAGGUGUUUUGUCAUGGUUUGUGUGUAUAAAUGUGUAGGUGUGUACUUGUCCUUUAGCUUAAAGCCAUAAAUGAAACUCAAGGGCUACUGUUGGUAAAUUUGAUUAUUCAAAACCUUGACCAGAUAUUACUUUUUUUUUCAUUUGUUAAAGUUUUUGAUUUGUUUUGUUCUUUUCCAGCCAGAUUGUGUAUAUCAAUAGAAGUAUUCACAGUAAAUCAGUGUUAGCCGAUUUUUCUAUUUUUUAUUAUUUGUUUACAUUUGCAUAAGGUUUGUAGUACAUUCAAGGUACAGCCUACAAAGAAGAAUGUAUAACGCAUGGAAAGAGCUUUCUGAAAUAGAGCUAUUUUUAAGCCAUCUGCCGUUAAAUACUUCAUAAGAAACCAUACUAAUCUGUUUUAUAUGCUUUUUUUUGUUUGUUUUAUGGAAGGAAAAUAAUGACGGUCUUUAAAAUAUUGCACAAAAUACUUGUGGUACUCUUGUAUUAUUGCUCAGAGAUAUUAAGUGCUUGAUUGUAGGUCCAAAGUGAAAAUCUCAUAAAAUUCAUGUGCAAAAUAUGGACUUUUAGAGAUUAAAUUUCUCACUAUAGUGGAACCAGUGUAUGUGGUUAGUGAGCAGGGUUUGUGAUCAAGGUUCAUUAUAUAUAAUUUUUUUUUUUUUUUUUUUGCAUCUGACAAAUCAUGUGUUCAUUCAGUUAUUUUCCACUUGUCACCUGAAAUAACUGUUUUGACAGUGCCAUUAUUUUUUUUUUUUAUUAUUUUUAUUUCUUCUGAGGGAACAACUGUGUCCUGUUUUUUGGUUAUGCUACCUUCCUCCUGGACUGUUUUCAUUUUCUUUUGGAUGUGACACUGGCAUUUGCAUCAUGUUUAAGUCUUUGACAAAGGGAACAAUGUUCAUGUUUUUGCCUUGUGAAAAUGUUCUAUAAAUUCAAAUCGGUGUCUCCUAAAAUGGACAGAAGCCAUUUACUGUCUGUGAUUGUGAGUGUUGUCAGAGUAUUUCUCUCUGAAAGUAACAGGAAAAAAAUGGGGAUUUAAAACAAAAGCGAAAGAACAAAAAUAUUUGAAAUGUUCUUUUUGGUUUUGUUCUAGAAAAUAAAAAAAUGUUUGCAAGUAAA